AACUGACCCUUGACCCUUCCGUUCCAGCGUGCACGGCGGAGAGGUUCUUCCGCAUCGACCGUGCCCAGGAGCACCUCCACUACGUCACCGACAUCUGCACGGAGGACCUGUACGUGCUGGACCCCGAGCUCACCGACCCCACCUGCGUCGGCGGCGUCAGAGGGGACGUGAGCGUGGACAACGACCUAGACCAUAGCGAGAGGAUGGCCAUGGUAAGCGACAGUGACUCUGGCGUGGGCGGCACUGACCUCGACCAGCGAAACCCCCCCGCCUCCACCUUCACCAUCAGCCACGACUCCCUCGACAACGAGGAGGAUGAGGCCCCCCAGGUGUCCACAGACACCCGGGAUGAUAUCAGCCUGCAUGAGCGUGUCUUUGGACCAGAAUACUUCCCUCCCAGCCACCUGCUCGAGAAGAACUCUGAUGGAAUCAUAAAGGCAGCCAAGCAAGGAGACCUGAAGAUGUUGAAGGAUCUUCAUUCGCAAGGUUUCUCACUGCUAUCUAUUGAUGCACAUGGCCAGACAGCACUUCACUUUGGUGCCCGUCAUGGACACAAAGACAUUGUGCGCUAUUUGAUUGCAUCAGCCCCGCCUUCUAUCCUUGAUAUGGUGGACACGGAAAAAGGCCAGACAGCACUGCACCAGGCAGCCUCCAACAGGAGACGGACAGUAUGUUGCAUGCUCGUUGCUGCUGGGGCUUCCCUAACUAUCCGGGACCUCCAGGGCAACACACCUCGUGCUCUGGCCCAGCGAGCUGAUGACCAAGAACUGGCUGCAUAUCUGGAGAGCCAGGAGCAGUUUCAGACAAUGGUGCAUGAGGAUUUGGAGACAACCGUAUGAUCCAAGCUUUAAACACAACCUUGGAGCCUGAAACCCACCUUCCAGCGAAGUUUGGCAUCAGUCAGACUGGAGGAUCUCAUCACACAUGUUUAUUUCCCCAAACCCACUUAAAUCAUCAUCUGUAAUCAUGUAAUGAGAAGAAAACCCUUUCAGAGGAAAGUCUGAAUGUGAAUACAUAAAUUAUAUAUAUAUUUGUGUGUGUGUGUGUGUGUGUGUGUGUGUGUGUGUGUGUGUGUGUGUGUGUGUGUGUGUGUGUGUGUGUGUGUAUGCAUGCAUGCAUGCGUGCAUGAUCACACAUUGUGUGUGUGUGUGUGUGUGUGUGUGUGUGUGUGUGUGUGUGUGUGUGUGUGUGUGUGUGUGUGUGUGUGUGUGUGUGUGUGUGUGUGUGUUUGUGUUUGUAUGUGUGUUUUUGUGUGUGUGUGUUAAAUAUAUAUUCAUAUAUAUAUAUUUAUAUAUUUACAUAUAUAUAUAUUUAACAUACACAAUAUAUACAUAUAUAUGUUUACAUAUUAUAUAUAUUUGCAUAUAUGAAUGUAUAUCAGUGGAAACUAUACAUGUGAACAGUAUUUAUUUAUAUAUGUUCAAGAGAUUAGGAAAACAUCUCCAGACUGUGUUUGCCAAGUCUUCAUUACUUCAUGGAAACGAGUGCAGCAUCUUGUUGGUGCUUAGAUUACCUGCGAUUUGGACUUUCUUACCACUACCAGAGGAAGGUGCUCAUACUGUUGUUGUUACCUUGCCUUAUGUACCUGUGAAAGACAUAGAAACAAUACCUGAUGAAUUGUGCUUGUGCAGGCGUUAUACCUGCAUAUGUGUAUCCAUAUGAUACAUCAAAACAAUAUUCAGAACUAACACAAAACAUCAAAGGCAAAAGGUCAAGAAAGUGAAUGGCUGUAAGACUGCUCUGUUGCUGGUCUUCCACUGUGAACGACUUUGGACAAUGAAUGGAUGUCGACCUGGUUGCCAACCUAAGUCAUUCCAGUCAAAUAGUUAUUUAUGUAUGGAAUAUAGAAUAUUUAAUGUGUCUGUGUACCUUAAAAUAAGGAUUCUUUGAACUUCAUGUGUAGAUUUUUUGAAACCCUUUAUCUUUAGUCUUUACAGCCACAACCUGCAAAUGGUAAAGCCCCCAUCAUAAGCUUAGUGUCCCAAUGUGCUUCAGUCAUAUGCUAUAUAGGAAGAAAAAAUCUUUUUUAAGGUUAAUAUAUCUAUUUAGAUUUCAAUAAAUUAAAUGUAUUUAUGUUGUUUUCCCACAGUUACUUUUCUUGUAUGGCAUCAGUAGAUAGGUAUGUGCAGUUUGGACAUAUCAGUAAUGUAGUAAUUGUAGCUUCUUAUUUCACCCAUAGUAUUGGUUUCUCCUGAAAGAUCUACUCAUAUAAGGCAAUUUGUUACCCUUAUAUAAAAUUAUUGGUCUAGGGAAUAUGCAGAACAGCUUGAAUUGAAUAGGUCCACGGAGGAUGAAGGGAUUGUUAAAGGCUAUUGUUGACGGCUAUUAAAGGGUAUACUUUCUUAUUAGCACUUAAAUGCAGUUGCAGAUUUGCAUCUGAAAUUUGAAUUAUGGAAAGAUGAAGUUAGUUUUGGAAGUUGACAUUUAUUUGGAUGAGGUAGAAAGUGUUAGGCUGAAUUAUUUGGUGGCGUCUUACGCUGUCUCCCCCCAAAGUGCCAAGUAUGAGACUAUCGUUCUACUCACCACCAUACAUUAAGGAGAUUCAUUAGUGUUUUGCUCGUCCCAGUGCAGUUUCAGGGUUCUGUCUUCGGGCCACCCAGAUGCAGUGCUUUUUGCAGGAGAAUGAUAUGACGUUCCAUGCAUAUGGAAUUUACAGUUUUAACUUAAUGGAUAGUAUCUCCAGUAGUGAUGGCAGAAACUUACAAAUUCCAGUGGAUGCUAAAUGUGAGAUUUAGUUGCUGACAAGAAAUGGAAUUGACAAGAAUGUUUCUGCAUAAGAAGUAAAGUUACAAUGCACAACAUCUGGGCUUCCCAAAGAUUAAUCCAUGUUGGGUAUUCACGUGAAAUUGUGCAGGAAAAUUGAGCAAAUGAAAAUCUUUACCUUAAUAUAAUAAUCAAAUAUACUGGUAAAAUAGGUCUUUUUGAAUAUUAAUUUGAUUUGUUUACCCUUAUGCACUAGUGUUAAAGUAUAAUCAUGAGCCAUUGUUGGCAGAUGCUGAGUAGUAGUAUGAUUAGUGUAGGACAUAGUCUGUGUGCAAUUUGUCAACAGUCGCUCUCAAUGAAAUGCGGGGAAUAGUGCAUAGGGGUCAAAUCACGAAUUCCUGCCUGUAUACCGUUUCCCAAUUUUAAGACUGGUUGAAUUAAUAUGUCGCAGAUAAUUGGUAUUGUGAUAAAUCCAAAGACAUUCACUAUUUAUGUAAAAUGUAACACUAACUGUGAAAUAUGAAAGCUAGUACAGGCAUGAUCACCUAAAGAUAUGAUUAUUACAAAAGUAACUUCAUCUUUUUCUUCGAAUAUUUCACCAAAAUCUCACAAUCGUGUUAUACCAAAGGUGUGCUGUUACGAAAGGAAUGGAAAGGACAUAGAGACAAGUAAAGCUUGAUGUUAAGUCUUGAGUGAAGCGAGUAAUUUCCUUAAGCCAUUGAUGAUGAGUAGGUCUUGAAUACUUGUUCAUCUCAUUUUCAACUAUGCAAUAGUUUCUUUCUUCUUUAAAUUUUACCUAUAACAUUCCUAAAUCAAGUCAGUCUUUUAUUGUGAUCAACAUCAAAUUAUUUAAUUGUUCUUUAAAUUGAUUCCUCACUAAAUCUGUGAUCUUACCAAGUGCUGAGAAGUUCUCUUCCACAUGUCAUUACGGAGUAAACUUUUAGUCUUAA